AUAAAGUCAGAUACGUUUUUUGUAGUUGUUCUACUGAAACUAAGAAAUGGAAUCUUGCGAAAUGUGUGCCCGACAUCCGUCAGCUUCAACCGACGAGGAUACCGGACCAGGAAGCCGCCGGACACUUUAUCCCUUCAAUGUAAAACGUAGCGAUUCUCCACAACUGGAUCAAUCAGCGUUGCCCCCGGAGGUGUGGACCGAAAUAUUCAAGCGACUAUCCGGCUGUCAUCUGCUGCGGGUGCGAUUGGUGUGCCAUCGAUGGAAGGGCAUCGUCGACAGCAGUUCUGUCCUUUUGGCCAAAUAUUACGUGUUUUUCUUCCGUGACAUUUACGAUGAACCCAGCGAUCUACCUACAGCUACGAACGCACACUUUGAACAUGUGGACAUAGCUGCAGUCGGUUUAUGGUGGCCAUCGUUCUGUCAGCGUCUAGUCGAGCUUGAGUUUACCCGUUGCAAAAUCAACGUAUCUGUCUUACUGGAUAUGCUUAAACAAAUUCCAAAUUUGAAGUACUUGGUGCUAUCCUGGGAGCUUUGCGAUAGAAAGCAACUCGUUGAUUGCCCCGUUGCGGUUGAUUUCACCCUUAACAAGCUGGAAAAACUUAAACUUGAAGACGUCAAAUCCGCUGAGAUUUUCAAAGUGUUUCAACAACUUUGUUGCACCUUGAAGUCGUUAAACAUCACGUGGUGUUGCAACAGAGAUUUUCAUCAUUCGGUGGAAAUUGCUAAAUUUGUGAACGGAUUACAGAACACUUUGGCGGAACUCACAAUCAACGACAUAGACGAAGUUCUGAUCGAAGUGAUAAAAUUCGAUCGAAUUAGCUGAAGAAAUUAACGUUGUCUGAGUUACAACCAACUUCCCUGUUCCCUGGUCUUAUCGUCCAGUUAUGCAGAUUGCAUCCAUCGUUGGAACAUCUGGACGUCAUGGAUAAUCAAUUUUGGUUUAACAAAACGCAACUGAACGAGAUGGGCCAGCUACUGUCUAAUCUAAAGUUUCUGUCGUAUUGUUUGGGUUCAAACCCCGAGCACGUGGAUCUCACAUUUUUGUCAAGCAUGCCCAAACUGGAGAUCCUAUCACUUGAUGGCCGAACCAUAAACAACAAUUCCAAAUUACCCAACUGUCGUCCGAACUUGAGGGAAUUGUACCUGGAAGAGAUAUUUUUUCAAGACAACAGUUUUCAAAUGUGUCUUGAAAAAAUGCCAAACAUUCAAGCGAUACACAUUGACGGCUGUUCAAUGGAUAGUUGGGCGCAUUUCCUGAAAGUGCUAGGAACCCUGAAACACCCGCGAGAGCUAAAGCUGCACAACAUGUUCCCCAAAGAAACGACGCGUUGCUACUUUGACGAUCUGACCGCCCUGAAAUCACUCAUACUAUUCAGUUGCAAAAUGUCCCCGGAUCUGCUGGCCACUCUGUUGAGUCGGUGCCCUAGCCUGCAUAAACUUCACAUGACGCACGUGAAGGACGCCUUGAACGAUGAUGUACGGCGAGUAAUCUGCUGGAAGCUGCCGCGACUGGUCGAGCUGAGGGUGACCAUGUACAUUGAAGUUGAGGGAGUGGAACGGACAUCGCGUAUCCGUGUUGUUUUCGACUCGUUGGAACAGCUGAAGAGUGCAGUGUAAUGGAUGCAGUUACUGAAUAAAACAAUUAUUUAAAA